CGAAGGCCUUGGCCAACACCAGCAGUCAAGCUUUUCACGAAGAGAGGUUAUACGGUCGCUGCUAUGGGACCUGAAGAAACAAACACACCAUUGUGGCAAACAGAGUUUGAGACGGGUCAUGGGAGCGGGGAAACAAGGAUAACUAACGAUGCCUGUACCCGCAGGAAUAACGCAGUGGAGAAACACAAGGCCAGACUGCUGUGCCAUGAUUUGUUUGAGACUCUGGCCCCUGGCCAGGAGAACCCAAACGAAUCAAACGAAGGCCUGUACGGAGACGAGGCACAGCAGCUGAACGAUAGUUCUUCAGAGGACUUGGAGGUUUUGGACACCGACAGCUCCGAAGGACCGAACGGUUUGGGCCCGAUCUGUUUUUGCCCAGACACAAAACCAGAUGCUCCACAAAAUGCCAAAACAGCGGGGGACGCUUAUUCUAUAGGCCUGUACUAUUUAAAGUUGAGGGAGAAAUUCGGUAUUACGCCGGUGCGAGUUCAUAACCAUAAAACCGUGAUGCAUGCAAUUGUGCGAGCGGCUGUGCACAGAAUCAUCAAGCACUGCCCGAGAGAGAAACAAAAUGAGGAUUGUCCUGGGUGCGCCAUAGAUGCCCCCGGUCAGAGGCAUCAUGCCUGCGUGUCCUGGUCUUUAGAUGAUGUGAAUUGUAAAAUUAAAGAAAUUAGCGGUAGUUUGUGUAUGGAGGACCCUAAUAGCGUUUUAGAUAAGUCAUCAAACCACCAGAUAAAUGUUUAAUGCAAAAUUUUGAACGUCUCCUUCGUUCAGCAAAUUACAAAAUCUUACCAAGAAAAAACACUCACAGUUAGAGCGUGUUUUGGGAACAAAACAGGCCAUGUUGUAAAAUAAAAUGUCAGUUGAAAAUAA